GGCGGGCUGCGCCGGGCGCAUGCGCGGAGGCGGCCGGCGCGGGGUGAGGGGAGGGGGUGCGGGGGGUAGGCGGUGGCGCGAUGGCGGCGGCCCUGGCGCUGCUCUGGCUUCUGGCGUUGCCGCUGCCCGAUGGCGCCCGCGGCUCGGAGGCUGCGGGGACGGCGGAGUCGCCGGGCGGCGCGGGCCCCGGGGAGCGGUUUAAGAUCGAGGGCCGGGCCGUGGUGCCCGGCGUGAAGCCGCAGGACUGGAUCGCGGGGGCCCGGGUGCUGGUGGACGGGGAGGAGCACGUCGGCUUCCUGAAGACCGAUGGAAGUUUUGUGGUUCACGAUGUACCUUCAGGAUCUUACGUAGUGGAAGUUAUAUCCCCUGCUCAUAAAUUUGAGCCUGUGCGAGUUGACAUAACUUCAAAAGGCAAAAUGAGAGCAAGAUACGUGAAUUACAUCAAAACCUCUGAAGUCGUCAGGCUGCCAUACCCACUGCAGAUGAAAUCUUCUGGACCUCCUUCUUACUUUAUAAAGAGAGAAUCUUGGGGAUGGACAGAUUUCCUCAUGAACCCUAUGGUGAUGAUGAUGGUUCUUCCAUUACUGAUAUUUGUGCUUUUGCCUAAAGUUGUCAACACCAGUGAUCCUGAUAUGAGACGGGAAAUGGAGCAGUCAAUGAACAUGCUGAAUUCCAACCAUGAGCUGCCAGAUGUCUCUGAAUUCAUGACAAGACUUUUCUCUUCAAAAUCUUCCAGCAAGUCUGGUAGUAGCAGCAGUAAAGCAGGGAAAAGUAGUUCUGGGAAAAGGAGGUAGUUAAGUGUUCCUCCUAAGCCUGAGUUUGCACAACUGUUUGUUAUGUGGUAUCAUGUUUAUUUGUCUUGAAAGAUCAAAAAGCCACUACUGUAAAUCUUAAUCAGGCACAAAAUACGGUAUGCUACAACUGUGGUGUGUAGCUUUUUUUAGUCUAUAUAAGCUGUUUUGUACUUGACAGUGAGCAAAAGAGGACAUGGCUUCAAUCCUGUAUCUGUAUAAAGUUAUUGAUGAUACUGAAUUAACUAUGUUGUUCUGUAGAGAAUUAUUAUAAAUUAUAUGAUGUGCUAAAGAGUAAUGAAUGUCUUAUUAUAAGACAAUGUAUGAAAAGAAAUUCAAAGAUAAUAGAAAUGGAGUUCAGUCUUAAGAUGGCUUUAAUGUUUCACACUUUCUGUAGAGUUCUGAAGUGAACAAAUUUCCUUUGAAAAUUGAGUUGUGGGUUUACUAAGUUGCUGUAUCAGCUGGUCAUAUAUGUUACAUAUAAAAUAAUUUUAUUUUACAUUGUUUGCUGCAUGUACACUUCUGUUCAAGGACUUUCCACUUUUUAUUGCCCAGUUUUAUUCUGAUCUACUUUCUGCUAAAAACUCUUUGCGAGGGGGAAAAGCAGAGCAUCCUGCAUCAGAAAGUCUUCUAAGCUCUAUAAGGUUAAUUAUGAAUCUAAGGUAUCUGUAUAACAUGAUGAAUAUUUAUCUUGGAUCUUUCAUUUCUAAAUCACAUGUAUCACUUCUUCAGCACUUUUGGUUUCUACUGUUUUCAGUGUGCUGUGCAUUCAUCUUAUCAAUGGUAAGAUUUGAGGCCAAAUACAGAACAAAAUGUUAAAAAUUGAAGGAAAGACCUAAAAGUAUAGUAGGAAGGUAAAUCCCACUCAGUUUUAAAAUUAUGUUCCAAAGUAUAUGACUAUCUCUAGGUAUGCUGUGUCACUGGCAAAACUUUGAGCAUGCCUGUGUGCCUGUACUACAAUAUUUUUUCAAGCUGUCCAGUAACUUCAGAGAAAAGUUGAGAAAAUUGACCUUUUUUCACUAGAUGAACAUUUGCAAAUUAAAAUGACAGCAAUACCCACCAAACACACUAACAACUGUCUGAAAGUCUUUUUUUGUUGUCUGUUUGGGGGGUUUUUUGGUUUUAGCAUAAAUGCUGUUCUUUUCCAUUUUUACAGUUGCUAACUUCUUAGUGUCUGUGCAGUAUAGGUAAUGUAUAUCUGAUUCCAAAAAUGGUAUUUAACAUUCACCUAAAGUACACAUGAAGCAAGAUCAAUUCUAAUGCAGUACAAUUUGUUCUUCCAAACACAUAGGAAGACUAUAAAUGGUCUUAAAAUACAUACUUAGAAGUAUGCUCUGAAACAUAAAAGCUGCAAAAGAGUAAGUACUCAUUCAUAGGAUUAAUUCAAAUUUUAAGAUGUUGGAGAAGAAAUAAACCAGUAUUUUUUGGACAAUGAAAGCUUUCAGUCUUUGUAAAGUAAGCUGCACAUUUUUAAUCUUGGUUUUGUUUUGCUUGAGUGGUCUUUUUGUUUUGUAUAUUAAGUAAAAUAUAACCAACAGAGACAGGAGGAUUUUUGGAUAUUCUUGUUGGAAGGGUUUACUGAAAUGGGUUGCCUCAACAACUCAAAACAAACAAACUACGAAACAAACAACUAAAAAAAAAACCCCAAACCCAAAACCCAACCCCUUCUCUUUCAGCAGCAUCUUACUGAAAAAUUCAUAGGAAAACCAGGGAGCAGUUCUUCAAAAAUUGAGCAAUUAGCUUUGUUACUAUGCUGUCCUGGAAAGUACAAGCCACAAGUUACUUUUGUUUAACAGUAAUUGGAAUGACAAUUAAAUUGCAUUAACUUGUUUUAA